UGUGUGGUGAAGAGUAUUCUAUAUUUAUUAAUAAUAUAAUAUAUAUUACAUAUAUAUAUACAAUAAUAUAGUGGUCUUUGUUGUGAGUGUACGUUGAGCGUUUUUAUUGGUUUAUUUAUUGUUUUCAAUAAGUUUAGUUCUAAAGUCUAAACUGAAAAGCCACGUAUAUUCUGAUAAUAACUAAACUGUUUAGAGUUUUUUUCGUAAUUUACAAAAGUAGAAAUGUGUGGUUCUGAUAAGAAAUUAGAUGAAAUUCGUGCGCUUAUCCUUGUCGGCGGUUAUGGAACACGUUUAAGACCCCUAACAUUAAGUAGACCGAAGCCAUUAGUAGAGUUUGCUAAUAAACCAAUACUUAUGCACCAAAUUGAAGCACUUGUUGAUGCUGGAGUAACUGAGGUAAUAUUAGCUGUCUCAUAUAGGGCUGAGGACAUGGAGAAGGAAUUGACUGAGCAAGUUUCAAAGCUUGGUGUUUCGUUAACAUUCUCACAUGAGACAGAACCUUUAGGUACUGCUGGACCACUGGCUUUAGCCAGGGAACUAUUAAAUAAAAGUACAGAACCCUUCUUUGUCCUGAACUCUGAUGUUAUAUGUGAAUUCCCUUUUAAAGAACUUGCAAAAUUCCACAGAAAUCAUGGCAAGGAAGGUACAAUAGCAGUUACCAAAGUUGAAGAGCCUUCCAAAUAUGGUGUUGUUCUUUACAAGGAAAAUGGAGAGAUUGAAAGUUUUGUUGAAAAGCCACAAGAAUUUAUUUCUAAUAAAAUUAAUUCAGGUAUUUACAUAUUGAAUCCAUCAGUUCUAAGUAGAAUAGAGUUACGUCCAACCUCAAUUGAAAAAGAAGUUUUUCCAUUCAUGGCCCAGGAUGGUCAACUCUAUGCUAUGGAACUGCAAGGGUUUUGGAUGGAUGUAGGACAACCGAAAGACUUCCUUACAGGAAUGUGCCUCUAUCUAAACAGUCUCAGACAAAAGAAUUCAAGUAAACUACACAAUGGUGUUGAAGUGGUUGGUAAUGUUUUGGUUGAUCCCACGGCAACUAUAGGCAAAGGUUGUCGCAUAGGACCCAAUGUUACCAUAGGCCCUGACGUCGUUAUUGAAGAUGGGGCGUGUAUAAAACGCACGACAAUAUUACGUGGUGCAUGUGUAAGGCAGCAUGCUUGGCUUGAUGGGUGUAUUAUAGGUUGGCGGUCAGUUGUGGGUCGUUGGGUCAGAAUGGAGAAUUGCACAGUGCUUGGUGAAGAUGUAAUAGUCAAAGAUGAACUCUAUGUCAAUGGAGGUCAAGUACUUCCACACAAGUCUAUAGCCUUAUCUGUGCCUGAACCACAGAUUAUUAUGUAAAGACUGAUGUACAUAUUUUUAUGCAAACUAUGACUUCUUUGAAAUUAUAUUAUUCCAGAUUUAAAAACUAAUUGAAUGCUGUCCGAAUGUAAAAUGUUUUAUUCUAAUUUUUUGUUAACAAUUUUAUAUAUUUUUAUGGCUUAAUUUUAUAUCUCUGAUAUUUUUUUCUAUUUCUAAAAAUGAACUAUAUUUAAAAAUUUCAAAGACAACUAUUGAAAAUUAUUUUGUGUAAUAAACCAUUACUUUUGUCAGACUGAUUAAUUAUUAAUGAUUUCAUCAUUUACAGUGCCAGCUACAGAAAUAAGUACAUAUUUAAGUAAAUUAAAAUAUUGAAUUUUUAUUAGCUAAAAACUGCAAUAUUAGUUUUUUAACAUUCCAAAAAUUAUUUUUGUAUAUAAACUCUUUAGUUAUUUUAGAGACCUAUUCUAUAGAAUAUGUUGUAGUAUGAUUAUUGCAAUUAUUAAUUUUUAUUAGUUUUUAAAUAAAUGUCAUUUGUAUUAUAA